CACAAACUGACGCACCUGCAGACCAACCACUCGUUCCGCUUAGUCCGUGGCGAGUGUUUAAGGUCACCCUUUAUUUAUUAACUUAUCUGUACGAAAACCUGACGGGUCCUUUUAUUCCGUCCAUAGUUCAAUAUUGUUGGCAUAAACUUUCAUCAAACAGAAAAAGAACUUCAGUGAGCACAACAGUGAUCAAGAAUAGUAAAAGAUUUACAGAAGGAAUAUUGCAUCCAAACUUGCCAAUUCCUAAUGCUCAUCAGUCGGAAUCUCCUGUAAUAAUUCUCAUAUGUACUUCGUGGAAUUCUGGAAAUAAAUCAACAUGUAUGCCAGUGGCUCAUAAUCUUCAAAGUCAAGGUUACGUCGUCGUUGUACCAAAUAUCACGUUAUAUCCACAGGGAAAAAUUGCAGAGAUAGUUUUUGAUGUUCAACAAGUAAUUCAUUGGACCCAUUCACAUAUACGGCAAUUUCGAGGAGAUCCUUCACAAAUAUACUUGAUGGGUCAUUCGGCUGGGGCUCUCUUGGCUGCAUUAACAGUUAUUCAUGAUGCAUGUGCUACUUUGGGUGUUAUGCCACUUAAUACUACUCACGUGAAUAUUCCUGUUUGGGAUAAUGUUUCACGACGGACAUCUCUUCCAAGAGUUCAAGGAUUAAUUUUAUUUUCUGGCACAUAUGAUAUUACUUAUUAUUAUGCUUAUUUACAUCAUAAAGGACUUGAACAAGUUCACGCUGUUCCGAGAGUUAUGGGUAAUACACCCGAAACAUUUCUACAAUGUUCUCCGACCUUCUUGUUGAAUCACGCUUUAAACCAUAUCAAAGAUAAAGACCGAUUGAAAAUGACUUUACCUCGUAAAGUUUUAUUGAUACAUGGUGCAAAGGAUUCAUUCAAUCCACCAACUUCAACGCGUAAUUUCUACGAUCUUCUAGUUGCAGCCGGCAUUCCAUCUGUACAAUUAAAAAUCUACGAGAAUCAGAAUCAUAUUAGUCCACGAAUUGAUUUAAUUGUACCAACGAAAAGAUUGUGUGUAUUAUUACUAGAAGACAUUAAAGACUGUUGUUUGGGACAAGCUGGAAUUGUAAUGAUGGGCGGAAAAUUACGUGAAAAGAAAGAAGAAAGUGAUCAUGAAGAAUACGUGAUGGACAAUGAAGAGGGAGAACGAGUUACUAUUCGUAAUGGUGGUGAUAUGCCUCAUCCUGUUUUAGUGACUGCAUGA